UUUUUCUGUUUUGUUUGCUUUUAAAUGAUAUUUUUCAGGGAUGUCCUCCAUGUUGUGAACACACUGACAUUCUUUAGCGAGUCGCAAAAAGUGGAUGAUGUUUACCACAUGAUCGCCAAAAUAAUGUGGUUAUGAUAAUCACUUGUUUUCUUUUUAGUUCGCAAUUCACAUGCACGCUCUGUGAAUUGAACCAAGGUGACGCGGAGCACGAAAACGUUUAGAAUACCAUCAACUAAACUGGAAAUCCGAGCAGGAAAUAACUUCAACAAAGAAAGGAAAGGCGUCCAUGUGUCGGAAUGUAUUAAAAGUGUGAAGAAACUUAGAAUUUUAAAAUGGCUUAUAUGGGUCUUGUGACCCACAGAUGUGAUAAAUGGUUUGUUUUCUGCCUGCACGCAAACUGUUUUCGCUAGUUCUCAUCUGAACCUCUUCAUGAGUUGACAGGCUAAAAAUCAAACGGCUUUUUGAAGAAGAAAGGACACCCUGAGCCAGUAACGGUACGGAUAAAACUAGAGAUGGAAACCUCGCCGCCGAAACAUGCCCAGAAGGCACACAAGCGUUCAACAACAAACGAUUCCUUCUCGCCAAGAACGCCAAGCCCGACUCCUCAACAAGAUGGGCUUCCAAGGCCACAUGACUCGUCGCCUCAAAAAAGUCCAAGCUCGGCCAAACGGCUGAAGACUUUCUUUCAGGAAUUACAACGCGAAUCCCGCCAUGCCCUCACGAACAAGAAAGCCAAGAUAGUGCAGUUAUGGGAAGGGCGAAGAUGGCGUCGUAUGAGCCUCGAAGAAGUUGAACCGCUCGCUGAAAUGGAAGAAAAGGAAUUGUCGAGCUAUGGAGCGACUGAGCUUAUGGAGUACAACGAUGAGAAAACCAACGAUGCUCGUCACAGAGGUGGACAAACUCAUGACUUUGUAGAAAAUCGCUGUUGAUUGAUCUGGUAUAUUAAAGCUACAAUUUGUAAUCUUGAGCCAAAAAGCUUGCCGAGCUAUUUAUUUGUUAUUUUGUUGUAAUGGCGGAUUACAGUGGUUGUUUCAUCUGCCCGAAUAUCGGAAUACGAUCACCUUCAAAAUAGGAAGCGUCAGACGGUGUAGAAAGUGAUAUAUACAGACCAUUUCAUGAAUAUUUCUGUCAAGAGGACGUUCAGAGUUUUCUUGACUAUUGUAAGACUGUGAAAAGAGUUCAUAUCAUAAUGGAGUUUACCAAGUCCAAUGAAAUACACUUAUUUAUCGUGGCAGGGGGAGUGGGUAAGAAUGAGUAAAUCCGUAAUGUCCAGCCAGUUUUUCAGCCUGUGUUAAAACGGAAAGCGUCUGUUUUAUGUAAACAUAAAAGACCUUUUGCCACACGGCAGGCACCUUUCAUCCCAUGCGCGUAAAACUAGAGGCGUCUAGCUGAUUUUCAGCUUGUUUUUCGACUUUGUCUCGCUCGACCCAAUCAUCCGCCUCGGACCUGCCCCGUCCAUGCCCCGACAGUUUUUUUUUUUUUUGAAAAGUGUUAUUGAAAGAAAAUGCUCACAGCGUCUUCACUCAGGAAAUAAAUAAACGCAUUCGUUUCUUUGGUACCGUGCUGUGCAUGUACGCCAACUCUGCUUUGGUGGCAUUUUUUGUUAAUCGGACAUUACACUGAUUUUUUCGAAGAAAAUACGAACUUGAAAUUUGUGAAAACCGGCGUUAAAAAAUGAGCAAGGACAUCGAUGGCUUGAGAAAAUUUACGAGAAUAACCAUGAACUAGAGGCAUACCCCUCGCGGUCGCUCAUGUAACAAAUGUUGCGAUUUUAAAACUUCAUCAUCUUGUGUAGCCUGUUCCAGGCUCUCGGUUAGUGGGACAAUCGAAAACGCGGGCGAGCGACGAGGUCUGUGAGAGAAAAGGAAGGCUGUGCUACAUCUUGUGGUCCAGCUAAACCACGCUCGAUAAUUCCGCAAAAAGAGCAUUUGAGUUUGCUUUGUCCAUUCAUUGGCAUAUUUAUCAUUCGCACAGGUUUUGGCGUGAUUGUACGCGUAUAUCUUAGUACAGGGUUAAUUUACAAAUGAAAUCACUAUGAAGUCGGAACCUACGGUAAGGCCUCAAAGAAAAAGUGAUGAGAUGCCACCUAAAACUGAACACACACCACCAACAGUCCUUUACUUUGCUCUGACGAACGAGCUAACGCGCUAGAAACUAAGCAGCAUUAUUAUUAAAA